GAGCUGAAAAGUUCUCAAAGGGAAAUGUGGUGUGUCAAUAUCUUGCAUGUAAAGGUUUUCCUUUAAAAAACCUUUCUCUCACUUUUCCUUUAGAUUUUGCAUCACAAUGUGUAAAAGGAUGCAAGUCUUUUCACUUGGUUUCUUUUGGUUGGAUCAGUUUGGUAGCGGUCAAAUUUAAGUUGGAUGGUUGGAACAUGUUACUUCCUGUUUAAUUUUUUUUAUCUUGAUCCCCUAGCUCGCAACUGGUUUUAUCGCUAUGAAGGAAAGUUACCUACACUCAGAAAGAAAGGAAAAGAGACAAAGAAGAAGAAGAAGAUGUCCAAGACAGACACACUUCCAAUUGAGAAAAGGAACAAGAAAGAGAUGGAGUUUGAGAUAAAAUUGGCAAAGGAAAAGGAAGAGAUUCUUGAGCGAGAGAAACAGAUGAAAAUCAAUCGACUCUUGCAAGAGGUAACAGAGACAGAGCGUGAGGACCUAGAAGAAUCAGAGAAAGUGCAGUACUGGGUGGAGAGGCUCUGUCAGACUAGACUGGAGCAGAUUUCCUCUGUGGAGAAUGACUCUCCCGAGAUGAGUCCUCCAUCUCGAUCUCCCGUAUCCACUGUGCAAAGAUUCCCUGGUGGCUUUCAGCUUGCCACUACUGACCUGGAUGACAUCAACUUGGAUGAGGUUGACCAAAGUCUAAGACAGCCACUGAAAAAACUGGCCCCUACUCCUCCCACCUCCAAUCAGUUCCCACCACCUUUACCACUUCCUCCACCUUCACCUCACUUCUAUCACAAAUCUGUUCACCCUUCUCCAUCCCCAAGGCCAUCUCUUACUCCCUCCUAUCCUCCCCCUCCUUCACAGCUAGCUCCACAGCGCCCACCUUCUCCACCCGCUCCCAGAGUGCCCCCUGCUUCGAUCAGUCAUGGAUGGCAACCCCCUCCCACCACUCGAUCUCAGACUCAGGCCCCCUGGUCUUACUCUCACCCACCACCUCCACCUCCUCCACCGCCUCCUCCUCCACCACCACCACCGCCACCUCCUCCUCCACCUCAACAUUUAGAUUACCAAACCUUCCCUCAGAGCUACCACCGACCACACAGCCCCUCAGAACAUAGGAAUGAAUGGGAGGACAACGGCUACAGGCAACGAGGGGGCUACCCUACAAAUGGCUCAAAUGAAUUCUCCUACCGUGGCAGCGCACAGGUUAUGAGAAACACGUCUAAUGUUAGCAGAAUAUCAACCUACAGCAGUCCACUGCAAAUAGCACCCAGCCCUCCUACUCAGAGGAGGCAAAUGAAUCCAGUCAUGUCAAAACCAGUCAUGCUGCCCCAAUCAAAGACCUCAUACAGAACCAUAUUACGGCCUGAGCCCACGUCACCACAGAUGCUUAAGAGGAUGGUGGUGUACAACACUUCAUUUAAGUCAAAGAAGAAACAAGGCUUUCAGAAAUAUGUGGAGGACUUCGAUCCCUAUUCAAUGUUUACCUCUGACCAAAUAGAAGGAAAAGAUGUGCGGCUGCUGAGAAUUAAGAAGGGAGGCCCAUUGGACAUUGCUGUGGAAGGAGGAAUAGACACUCCACUGGGAAAACUUGUGGUUUCAGCCAUUUAUGAAGGUGGCUCAGCUGAUAAGCAUGGUGGAGUGGUGGCCAGUGAUGAGAUCAUGGCAGUAAAUGGAAAAAUCCUGACAGAUGCAACCCUGACUGAAGGGCAGAACGCUUUAGCUCGGGCCUGGAACAGUGGAGGGGACUGGAUUGACCUUGUGAUAGCAGUUUCUCCACCAAAGGAAUAUGAAGAUGAAGUGACAUUCUUCUAAGAUCCUGGAUCCAGGACAUUCUUCAGAUUGACAGACCUUUUUUUUUUUUUUUUACAUUUUGUCUAUGCUUAAUUUGAAGCUGUGCGGAAUACUUUUGUAUUUUGUGCAGAAGAAAUUGUGGUUUGAAAUGAUUUUUCCCCAUAACAAGUCACAGGAACUGAAGAGCAUUCUUAAGGUCAAUAAAAAAAAGUUUAUUUCCCUGUGAUUGUGGUUUAUCUGUCUUGUGUGUAAGAACUUGCAAAAAAAAGACCUUAGAAACUUGCAUAGAGUGUGAUGUGAAAGAUUCUUUCUAUUCUUGGUGUGAGCUAUGUUGCUGUGUUCUGUGUCAGUAAGUGAAUCCAUGCCACCAAACUCAUUCCAGUCUGACUUGAAACCUGUUUUAUCCAAUUUAGAGUCUAUUCCUCCAGAAUUAUUUUUCUUUGUUAGACAAUAUUUCACACAUGCUGACAUUUUAGAAGAUUGAAAUUAAUGUUAGAAAAGAUAAAAUCAUGCAUAAAUGGCAGGAGGGGUUGUGGGAGUGAAACAUUGCAUUUGCACCACCUACUGUUGGGAUAAUUAUACAAGUAUACAUUAUACUUCAUUUUGCCACACAUCUUGAAAGAUAUUAAUCAAAGGAUUUCUUUAUUGAUUUAUUUCUUUUAAUUUAUUUGAAAUUAAAGUAAAUGUAGCAUAAUUUGUAAAAUAUUUUAAAAUGUGGAAGUGGUAUCUAAGUAGUUAACUGUCUAAAUGACUGAUCGUAAGGUUAAGGGUGCAAACUCCAGUAUCUUAAGCUUAAGGCCCUUAACUCUCUCUGAUCCUGGGGUGCUGUACCAUGGCUGACCUUGUGCUCUGAUUCCAGCUUCCUAACAUUGCUGGGAUAUGUGAAGAAAUAAUUGCACCGUGCUGUAAGGUACAUGGGACAAGUACAAA